AUGGGUAGAAGGAUUACAGCAGAGCUGACAAGCGGAGGUCCGUUCGCAGCUUCGGAGAGGGAUUCUGAGAGGAUUGACUCUAGAAAGACUGUCUCGGGACAGAUGCUUGCGCUGGAGGGCUACGAUCGUGGUAAGGCGCCUAUGGCUAAUGACCCGAAUGCCUCCUUGUCCCGAACUCGGAAAUGA